GAGAGAGAGUUUGAUUCUGUGUAUUGUUGCGUUGAAAGCCAUUCAAUCUGUUCUGGCCAAUUUUCCCCCAUCAUUGUCAAGAUGUAUUAAGCUCUAGUCCAAGUCACUAUCUUGUUUUCUCUCUCUCCAAGAUCCUGUUUCUCUCUCUAAUAUCUUUGAAAUCAUUCUUUUUUCUUUCUGGGUUGUUUUGUUCGUCAACAAGAAAGGAAAACAAGAUGACCGUAGAGGAAAUUCGAGGGUCUGUUGGGGUUAGUAACGAAAUUGACAGAUUUCCCAUAGGGAUGAGAGUUCUUGCUGUUGAUGAUGAUCCAACUUGCUUGAAGUUAUUAGAUGGCCUUUUGAGGAAAUGCCAAUAUCAAGUUACAACCACAAAUCAAGCAAUAACAGCCUUGAAGAUGUUAAGGGAAAACCGAAACCGGUUUGAUCUUGUGAUCAGUGAUGUUCAUAUGCCAGAUAUGGAUGGUUUCAAGCUUCUUGAACUCGUUGGUCUUGAAAUGGACUUGCCUGUUAUCAUGUUAUCAGGAAAUAGCGAUCCAAAGCUAGUGAUGAAGGGGAUCACUCAUGGUGCUUGUGAUUAUCUUGUGAAACCGGUUCGGCUUGAGGAAUUACGCAACAUUUGGCAACAUGUGAUCAGGAGAAAAGUGGAGUCGAAAUCUCAAUCGAAAUCAAACAACCAAGAAAAGCCGAACCAAGGGGGUGAAGGUGGACAGGAAGCCGGUAGCGGAGAUCCAAAUGGGAAACUGAACAGGAAAAGAAAAGACGAAGAUGAAGAUGUUGAAGACAACGGGAAUGAAGAUGAUGAUCCCUCGUCACAGAAGAAGCCACGAGUUGUUUGGUCCAUUGAUCUUCAUAGAAAAUUCGUUGCUGCUGUUAAUCAACUUGGGAUCGAGAAAGCCGUUCCCAAAAGGAUUCUUGAUUUGAUGAACGUCGAAGGUCUUACUAGGGAGAAUGUGGCAAGCCAUCUCCAGAAAUAUCGGCUUUACUUGAAAAGAAUCAGUCAGCAAGCGAACAUGGUGGUUGCAUUUGGUGGCAGCAAAGAUGCUUCUUCUUAUAUGCGAAUGAGUUCUCUUGAUGGACUCGGAGAUUUCCGAACGUUAUCGGGUUCCGGAAGACUGCCGAACGCAGCAUUAUCGUCUUAUUCACCUUCCGGUAUGCUAGGUAGGCUCAACAGUGCAACCGGGGUGACCCUCCAUAGCCUCACUUCCCCUUCAAUGAUCCAACCGACCCACCCUCAAAACUUGACCAAUUCGAUUGGUUCGCUCACCAAGUUCCAGCCGGUUGUGUUACCAACACCACCAAAUCACCAAAACACGAAUCUUUUUCAGGGGAUUCCGUCGUCGUUUGAUCUUGGUCAUCUUCACCAGAAUGGUAAUAAACCGAACACCACCCAGAUCCCGGAUUUCAAUCCCAUUGAUGAAUCACGAAUCUUUACGGGUCCUAGUAGCUUUGCGACUUUGGGGAGCCAAUCUUCUCUAAAGAUGGCUUCUAUGAGCUCAGAAUCUUUUAAUCUUGUUUCUAGCAGUUCUAGUUAUCUUGAUGUCCCACCGCCAAUGGGCGAGAAUUUUCACGACCAAUUGCCGCCGAAUAGCAGCCUGAAAUAUGGUUACUCUGCCUCUAGUAACACAAUUCCCAGCUUUGGUUCUAAUAUCACUAGCACCGCCUCGGUUCCUCUUGAAGCUCAAGGCCAAAGGCAUGGACAGUAUGGUAAACCAAGUUAUAGCCCCUACUCAAAUAACGCUUUUAGCACGUUAGCGGCUGCAGCAGCGGCACCACCACCAAAUGGUGGUGGUUUGGGUGGACCAGUGAGUCAAGCAAAUGACCAGAUUUGUGGGGUCUACAAUAGGUCGAAUGGCAAUGGUGCAACGGCUAUGCAGCGUAGCAGCAGAGAGACUGAGAGGUCGAGUACAGAACUGAAAAUGGGAUCUGGUGAAGAGUAUCUACUGGAGCAGACGAAGUUACCAAGCGGUUUUGUGGCAAACAACGGUUAUGACUCGUUGGAUGAUCUUAUGAAUGGAAUGAUGAAACGGGAGCAGGACCCGACAAUCAUGAUGGAUGGAGAAUUCGGAUUCGAUCCUUAUUCCUUCGGGUCGUGUAUACAGUAAUUAGCUGUUGACUCCUAGAGAACGAUGAUAAAACGAGAGGCUGCAACGACAAAUUAGGUUUAUGAAAUGAGAAGUUUGUAUCAAUAUGUAAUUUAUUUGGCAGGAUAUUUAUGUCUCUAGCUUCUUCAAUGUCAUCCUUUUAUCAACUUGUAGCCAGGUUUUCGUAUCGUGGGUAUGACUGCAAACGUGAUUUUUAGAUCUUCUUGAAUCUGUUUUCGUGGUACCUGUUUUUCGAUGGUUUAUGGUUGUUAUGCAAACAGGAACUGGUGUUCAUGUU